GGUUCUAAAGAAUGCCGGGAAAGACGCACAAAGGCGAGUGCUUAGCUUCCCUGGGCGCUGUUAGCCCACCCUGAGACCCACGGAUUCCAUUUGAGAUCACCGUGGCAGCCGGGCCCUUCCUUCCUCACAAGGAGCAGCAGCUUUUAUCAACAGCAACAUUGACAGAACCUGUGUUUUGGACAAGGACCGAUGGCUUCGAGCCUAGGCUGGAAAGCAUGUGCACCAUUUCCCAUAAACCACUGUGGCGUCUUUCUGAAAGCUGUGAGAAGCAAUGGCCUUUCCUUGUUUCCCUGGGGCCAUUCCCCCUGGAGAGGAACUGGAAGCUUUUUGGACCCUGAGAUGAAAGCUUUCCUGGAGGAGAACACCGAAGUCACCACCAGUGGCAGCCUCACCCCUGAAAUCCAGUUGCGGCUUCUGACGCCCAGAUGCAAGUUCUGGUGGCAAAAAGCUGACCUGUGGCCCUACAGCGAACCUUACUGGGCAAUCUACUGGCCAGGAGGCCAGGCCCUGUCUAGAUAUCUUCUGGAUAAUCCUGGUGUUGCUGGAGGGAAGUCUGUGUUAGAUAUUGGGAGCGGAUGUGGAGCUGCAGCUAUAGCUGCCAAGAUGAGCGGGGCAUCAAGGGUCUUGGCCAACGACAUAGACCCUAUUGCAGGAAUGGCUAUCACACUGAAUUGCAAGUUGAACCAACUGGAUCCUUUUCCCAUUUUAACCAAAAAUAUUUUGGAUUUGGAACAAGAUAAGUGGGACCUUAUUGUGCUUGGAGAUAUGUUUUAUGAAGAAGACCUUGCAGACAGUCUUCAUCAAUGGCUGAAGAAUUGCUUUUGGACCCACAGAACUCGAGUCCUGAUUGGUGACCCUGGACGACCCCAGUUCAGUGGACAUAGCAUUCAACAUCAACUGCACAAAGUGGUAGAAUAUUCACUUCCAGAGCCUACUAGGAAGGAAAACAAUGGACUGACAACAAGCACAGUAUGGGAUUUUCAGCCUUGAGUUGUCCAAGUGCUUCCAAGUGUGAAUAUAGCUAUGUUUGGGUUUAACCCUAAAAGACCCUCCAGUUUAAAGCAUGUAGUAUCUUGUUUCCAAAAGCUGAAGUCUUAAAGUUUUGUCAGCCUUCGUCAUGUAACUCGUUCUGCAUUAUGCCAAAUAUACAAAUCUCUACCUGCA